CAUCGGGAACGACACCCAGGGUGGGAAUCACACUUUGCGGAUCAACAAGAUGUCAAGGUCGACUUCCGGAACUCCCUCCAUGUCGCAGGACGCGUUUCGUUCCGCGAGGGCCCAAUCGAGGCCUCUUCUUCGACUAUAAGAGUUUGCGGGUCCUCCAGGUGGAGUGACUUGCGACAAUCCGCCUUGCGUUGCCAUACUUAGAAACGACAACCAGGAUGUUUCCGUCAUUCGGAGGGAAAUGUCUCCUGCUGUUGCUGAUUCAGCAUUGUCUCUGCGAUCGGGAGGGCCCAGCGGAUGGCAGACCUUUGGAAUCCGGUGUCUCGAUAUCGGACGUAACCGAAAGAAAAACCGGAGCCGAAUACGUGGCCUUAAAAGGAGGCGAAGCCGGAAAGCAAGGUAACUCGGGAUUCGAAAAGGCCGAAUCCGAAUCUCACGGCGAGAAAAAGGACGCGGCUCGAUACGACGAUAAGGAGAAAUCUGAAAAGAGCAUCCGGACCGACAAGCAAACGGCAGCGCACGGACAGUCGGCCGACCAAGGGAGCAACUCGUACGAAAGUCACGGACAGGGCCAGUACAAAAAGGGUUACCAUAAAAGCGGGUUCAGCAACAACUAUCACAAGGACGAGUCUGAAAACAAAGUCAGCUUUUACGACGACAGCGAAGACGAGAAGGGCCAUCGUGGGCACGAUAACAGAGCCGGCUAUUACGGCCAUAGGGCCCAGGACGAUUUCAGGGACGAUAGGCAUGAUAGCGCCUUUAUCGCGAGAGAUAAGGCCCGACAUGCGCUCCGCGACAACGGCGCUGGGUACUCUGACCAUCGGGGCCGUCAAGGGGUAUACGACGACAAUAGAUAUUAUGACCACCGGAGAAGUAACCUGCGCGAUGGAGUUGGCAGGUUUUACGACAGGAACGGCAACGAGAUUUAUUAUUAUCGGCAGGAAAAUCCUUACCGUCACUACGCUUAUGCACCUGCCUCGCAUGGGGUUGGGUCCUAUUAUCCCCGGAUACCACCUCGCAGGUAUCACUAUGACCACCAGGCACCACGUGGCAGAUAUUACCCUAAUCGGAGGUAUUAUCCCGGAGGAGAGAUUCUAUACCCGGAAAGGCACCAUGGAAAAGGAUACGGAGAUUACUACGAAAGGAGCUACGGAACCGGAUACAAGAAGACUUACUUGCAACCAGAUACCAUAUAUUGACGUCAUUAUUGAAAUUACGUUUAUA